AUGGCGUCCCCAGCGUUUUCACGAGCGCUGGCGCCCCAGUCCCACCUGCUUCUGCUCGUGCGACUGGCGCACGCGGCCGUAACAGCCCGGUCCAACACCAUCACUACCACCACCAAGUCGACGACAACAUCAGCAAAAGCUCCCCCCCGACAACAACCAAAAGCAUCCGCCGCUACCAAGCCCAAGAAACUCACCGCGCCGCUCCUCGGCGGGGGCCCCGCCGGGGUCGUCGCACGGCGCGCCCUCCCAUCCUACGCCGAGCAGCUCGCAGCCAAGGAGCGGACGAUAAUCUACGAGGCACCGUCGCACGCGUGGUUCCGGGGGGCGAGCUUCUCGACGAGCGCCUUCUGCGUAGCCUACGCUGUGUACCAGUACUGGACCAUCUACCUGCACCCGCCGGACGAUCUGGCGUGGUGGGUGCCACACGCGUUCGGGGUCGUGUGCAUGUUCAUGGCGAGCAUGGGGGGCUACUUCGCGCUGGGCACGGCGCGCGUCGUCAAACAGAUCGACGUGGUGCCGUUCGCGCCGUUCCUGGCGUCGACGACCGCGACCGCGUCCAAAUCCAAGCGCCUGCUGCAGGUGUCGGCCGCGCUGCUGCGCGCCGCCAAGCAAAAGGCCGUGCCCCCCGUGCUAAUCGAGGUGGCGACGCGCCGGCCCUUCCCGUUCCUCCCCGCCAAGCGCCGCCUGUUCCUCCCCGACGAGGUCCAGCUGCCGUUCCGCAUGAACGGCGUGCUCUCCUCCACACCACCACCACCGCCAGCUUCUUUCCCCGGAACAGGUGCCGGAGGAAAAACAGCCACCACAGCGCAGGCACAGCGGGCCGAGCGCGAGCGGCGGGCGCGUGCGCGGCAGUACGAGCUGGACCACAUCAUGACGGCGCCGUUCCGCGACGCGUCGAAAGGCUUCCACCGCGUGUCGGAGCAGAUGUCGCGCGUCUUCACGGGCGGCGGCUUCGCGCGCAUCGACCUGCGUGGCGCCAGGCACAAACUCGACGUGACGGGCGGCUGGGCGCUCGACAACGGCCGCGCCAUGGACAGGCUCCUGACUAUCCGGUCUACUAAGUAAAUCCUGGGUGCUGUCUGGGUGCUAGCUGGUAGUAAAACAAACCUUUCUGCUACGUACUCAGCUCGGUGUAAUUAAUUACCUUGUGUAUAAGUAGCUAGAAAAAAAGAAACUAUACCCCUGUA